UCUAGUAGUAGUGGCCCGUGGGGCACGUGGCGUGCAGGGAAGAUGGCGGAGGCGGGAGCUGCAAUCCGCCGGGUGAUUAUAAGCCUUUUCCAAUUUUAAAAUACCUUACAACUCCCACUCGACUCCAGCCAAUCGUUGGCCGCCGUGCGUGUGCGCGUGCGUGCACCACCCGCCGACGUGCAGGCGUGCAGCCUGCACCCAUCGGUCGACGCUUCCGAUGGCCAGCGAACAAGAAGAGCGCAUAGCGUUGAUGAUCGCGAGGAGCGCCGCAUCGACAAGAGCAAGCCGACAACAACACCAAGGAGCCAUGGCAAGACCCUCCCUGCCUCUGCUAUAUCUACCCACGCACGCCGCGCCGAGCAAAGCUCCCCACCUGAUCGAUCCAUCCGUCUCUCCUCUCCCCCACGUACCCAGCAACCAUGGCUCGUCAUGGCGGCGGCGGCGGUAGCGGCAGCUGCACGUCGAAGGCGUCUCUGGCCAGGUACAUCCCGCGGGCCCUGCGGGGCCGGAAGAAGCAGCAGCCGUACCUCAUGGGGGGCCGGCGGCGGGCGCCCGACGGCUACGCGGCGUCGGUGGAGCUCAGCGCGAGCGCCGGCUCCACGUGGCCCGCCGACUCGGUGGUGCGGGUGGUGCUCUGGAGCGGCAUCGUGGAGGUGUACGCGGGCGUGGUGCUCGCCUGCGCCGUCGUCGGCAACCACCCGCCGGGCCUCUGCCUCGCGCACCCGGACGUCUUCCGCAACCCGCACGGCGCCACCGUGCGGCCCCUCGAGCCGCUCUUCCCCGGCCAGAAGGUGCUGCUGCUGCCCGAGACCACCGUGCGCCGGCUCCAGCGCGACAUCCCCGAGGGCUCCGUCGGGGCCAACCCCGACCACGACGACCGCGAGGACGAGGACGCGGCGGCGUCGUCCACGGACGACGCGGACACGGACGCUGACAUGUCCUCGUCGUCGUGGUCGGGGGAGGAGCGGGAGGCGACGCCGGAGGGGUGCUGCGCGAGGGACUACUUCGUGAACCGGGAACUCUGGGCCGAGUGGCAGUUCAAGAGGAUGGUGGACCGCGGGCUCGCCGUCAAAAAGGAGGGCGCCGCCGGGCUGGCGAAGAAGGACAAGAAGAGGCGGAGGAAGACGAAGCAGACGGACGGCACGCCGGACGCGGCGGCGGGCACGGGGUGCCGUAACUCCGGCAGGAUAAGCCAGGCGCAGAAGUGGACGAGGCCGUGGGAGCCGAGCCUGCCGUCCGUGGACGAGGACGAGGAGGACGCGACGCCGCCGUCGACCCCUUCAUCGGAGGCGGCGGCGAGGACCGACCACGAGACGGCAUGAGCUCAUCGACGCGAUCUUGUCCAUGGUCGAACGUGCACAUAGUGGCUUUCCGGGCAGCUUAAUCUGCAUGCACGGCGUGGAUCCUGGUAUAUAACCAUGGAUUUGUGUCCAUAUAUACCAGGAGAGGUUUAGAAUGGUUAUUGUGAAUUAUUACAAUUACUCGUGGUUGUAGAUGCAUAUAAAACUGUAAACUGGUAACAUGUCGUGGAAUUUGUAAAU